GCAGAUUUCCAAAAAGUAGCAAGGAGAGACAAAAGGGCCUUCUUAAAUGAGCAAUGCAAAGAAAUAAGAGAAAACAAGACAGCCCAAAAGGCUGCACAUGGAACUGCUGUAAUGCUCUAUGGUUCCAGGUGCUCUUCAAUAGCAGCUGCUGCUGAGGAACAUCUGAGCCUCCCAGCAGCCUCUUUGUAAGCACAAAUCAAUAAUGUCCAGUUUCUCCGCUUAUUCAAUCUUUAAUGCCUUCCCCAUUGCUUUAGCACCUUUGGCCCCUCUUCCAGAUGGAUGCAUCCCCACCUCCUGGAGCCUGGCCGGCCUAUCCAUCAUUGAUGUGGGUGUCUCACAUUUUGGAAGCUAUACAACAUCAUACGGAAGACCCUGUCCAGUGAAUUCAUUCUCAAGCCCAGCUUUAGUGAUCCUUGUCAGAUCCAGGAAUACUUGUGGCCUUUUGCUGCAAUCUCCUCUAGACAAAUUGGUUUUAAGCUCCUUUGUUCACGCAGAAGCAGCUUUUCUCAGCCUUCCAGUCUCCUUUAUAUGUUGUCUGACAUCACAGACCGUCUCUUAGUAACCAAAGAACUCAGCAGACGGGGGGGGGGGGCUGGCUGGAGCAAAAGCGGCCACUGGAGCCCUGAAGGCAGCCAGCCUGCCUCCCAGCAAAGCUUUUAGGCUUCAGUAGGGAAUGCAAGAAGCCCAAAAUGGGGAAGAACUGGGAGCAGAAGAGGAAGAGUUGGAGGAACUGGGAGGCAUCAAUGAACAACUAAUAAGGAAACACCAGCUGCCACUCUCAGCACAGUCAGCCUUCAGCUAUGUUCCCCCCCGACGCAAAGAUCCCCCUGAACUCAGCUAUUUUCACCAAGAGAGCAAGCCAGGAAUUGUUUCCCUGUACGACUGCAUCUUUAAAAGACCCAUGGGCUAUGACGAAAAACUCCACCGCUGUGACAGAGAACACGCCAAAAGCAGAGGACUUCAUAUUAAUGAUGAGGAAAAAGCAAGGCCUAUGGCAGUCUUGUCCUCCUCUGAAUAUGGGCGACGCAUAGACAAGCCCGUGGAGCAGCUGGUCAGAGACCAUGUGCGCAUUAAACACGUUCAGGCGGAAUUCUACAGGAAAAACGGAAUAGCUUGCUUGAUAGAAAAAUCAUCCAGAAACAUUGAAGCAACCUAAGGCUACUUGUUGUGAUUGAUAGCAGGGAAGAAUUAAUGUGCCUGGGUUUUGUUUCUGUAUUAUUUCCUGUACUGUGCUACUGGGAUUUUGGGGGAAAUCCAAUAUUGCAUCAUAUCAUCUGAUGAAUUCUUUGCAGGGUUGCUAAAUUAAGUGAGGCAUGUUUUACUUGAAUGUGCCUGUAACAUGGCAACAUUUAUACAACGAGCAGCUCACAACAGCAGUCUACAAGGAGCAUUAGCUCAUAAUACAAUAUUCGGGGAAGAGGGCGCAGUUGCUCCCAUGACAAGGGGGUUUCCGCUUUUUUCAGUGCAUCCUGCUUGCUAAAGCAGCCAUGUGCUUGUCUGUGAGUACUAGACUCAACCAUUUCUUAUGACAUGCUAAUAAUAUGCAGGUUAGAGCUUUGAUUCACAAAUCAAUGGAUGUUAGAUCACAAAUGAAGGUGCUGACAACAUGCUUUUGCUUAAUGUGUCUUUUCUCCCCUCAUUCUUGGAAACAAAACCUUGUUGCAUAUCUCAUCGUUACCAUGUCUUAUAGUGUUAACAGCUUAGUAUAGUUAUAAAGCAAAAUUAUUCAUCCAUGCAUUCAGAAUGCUCAGAUAAUGAUAAAUCUGCAAAAUAAAAAAGCUUAGGAAAAGAUAUGCAUUUAUUUGACAGUACAGUAUGCACAUCAUGAUUCACAGAGCCAAAGGCAGCCCACCAAACUUGGGCUGGAGCUGUGUCCAAGUUCAAGGGUCACCAACCUCACAUUCAGAGGUGUUAUGGCGCCUGCAAAGGCCUUCUUUGAUGCAUCUGGGAUGAACCAUAACCCCCCGAUUCAUUUUUAAGAAAAGCUUAUAGUAUUUUAGAAUCUGAGAUAUGAAGCAAAAUAUAUAAGCAGCAUUCCGCCAAUUUUUUGUGAGAAACUAGCCUGCUCCAACCCCUCUCACUUACUUCCCCACUCUGGUCUGGGAAAAAAUCCCAUGGGUGCCCAGAGGAAGAGCUGCCUGAGUAGUGAGAAGGGGGGGGGAGGAGCAUAAGUGCUCUUUGAGAGAAGGAACACAGGUAUUUGUGGCCUGUGUGAGAGAGAUGUCUGUGUGGGUGGCAGACCAAUGGCUGUGUGCCUGCGGUCUGUAUGUGUCUGCUUUGUUGAGAUUCCUACAUUGCAGGGGGUGGGACUAGAUGACUCUACAGUUCUAUCACCUGAUGGUUCUAUGUGCACCUGAGUGUGAAUGUGGUGCGGGCACCUUGUAACUUGGUACUGGGGAAUGCUCCCUGUUGCAAUUAGGCAGCAACAUCCUCUGUGUGUUUGUCUGAGAGAGAAUCAAUAUUGUGCACUCCACACUCAGGAUCAGCAGGACAUAGCAGACUUCCCAUUGUAAGCCAGAGGUUAUCCAGGUGUGGGAAUGAUGGCAAUUACUAAAGUCUCCCCAAUUUUCUAUUAUGCCUCUCCUCCAUGGCAGCCAUUUUUUGAAGGGUGUCCAUGGCACUUUCUCAGAAUUCAAAAUGUGCCAGGCGAUCCCUGCCCUAGUGCUUGAAGGGAAUUAUUCAAAUCAAGAUUUACAGCCCCAAAUAUCUAUUUAAAUCUCUAUUUCCAUACAGUAUUGUUAUUGUUACAGCUCUUGGCCUGUAGCUGUAAAAAGCAGGCAGACACAACCAUGGCUUGAGGCGAGAAGCAAUUUGGAAGAAACUUACGAGUCACUUGGACUGGCAGUGAUGUUUCUUUUAGUGCCAUCACAGGUAUUACUGUAACUUUAAGGGGCCAGAAGCCAAAGGGCAAUGUCUAAGCGACCUGACACUUUGGGGUCCAAGCAAAUGUGUCUGGAAGUUGUGUCUGGGAUGGGUUUUCAUUUAACUGCUUUAAAAUGGUUCUGGAGCUCUCUCUUAUAAGAUGUUGCAACAAGACGGGGAAGGACUUCUUAGAGGUGAAACUAACAAGGUUGGAGCACUUUCACUGCAAAUGUGGGUGUUUUUUCAGUGAAUGAGUUUAAUCCUUUCCCCCUGUAUAGUCCAAAUGGUGGAAUUAGCCCUAGAAGGGGAGUUUCCAUUAGCACCAAUAUAGCAGCUUCAGUGUUGGUCUUAAUCAGGAUUGCAGUGGGGAAGAAAUAACUAACACACCUCCCUGUGAUCCCUUAGUAAAAUAGCCUCUCCUGCUAGCUAUUAACAUUAAACAUCACUUUAAUGUCACUGCUAGUUCAGCUCACAAAUUCAGGCACCUGUGAAGAGUAAAUAGCCUGAAAAUAACAAAUCUCUUGGCAUUUCCUGUGGCAAUUUGUUUUGGGCUGGGGGGGGGAGUGUAACAAAAUAUUUUUCCCAGUUUUAUUUGGGAUGAAUACAGUCACACUAAAAAAUAAAUCUAGUUGUAUUUUA